CCGGGACACCGGGAGCGCCCGCACGUGACGGCGGCGGGACACGUGACUGCGCGGGCGGCCGCGCUUUACGGCGCCGUGCGACAGUUCCCGGUGCUGUGCCCUCGGCUCGCCAUGGCGUCCGGCAGCGGGACCAAGAACCUGGACUUCCGCAGGAAGUGGGACAAGGAUGAGUACGAGAAACUCGCGGAGAAGCGGCUCACGGAGGAGAGGGAGAAGAAAGAUGGCAAACCAGCUCAGCCUGUCAAAAGGGAACUCCUGCGACACCGGGACUACAAAGUGGACCUGGAAUCCAAGCUGGGGAAAACCAUUGUCAUCACCAAAACUACCCCUCAGUCAGAGAUGGGAGGGUAUUACUGUAAUGUAUGUGACUGUGUGGUGAAGGAUUCCAUCAACUUCUUGGAUCACAUCAAUGGCAAAAAACACCAGAGGAAUCUGGGCAUGUCCAUGCGGGUGGAGCGCUCCACGCUGGACCAGGUGAAGAAACGCUUUGAGGUGAACAAGAAGAAGAUGGAGGAGAAGCAGAAGGAUUAUGACUUUGAGGAGAGGAUGAAGGAACUCCGUGAGGAGGAGGAGAAGGCCAAAGCCUACAAGAAGGAGAAGCAGAGAGAGAAGAAGAGGCGGGCGGAGGAAGAUUUGACCUUUGAAGAGGAUGAUGAAAUGGCAGCUGUGAUGGGUUUCUCUGGUUUUGGCUCAACCAAAAAGAGCCACUGAACAGCUCUGGACUCUCCUCUUUCUCUAAACAGCUUGUUUUUACCCAGGGAACUCUGGAUAACUCUUCAAAGACUUGAUUGAGGACUUGUAUGUAAAUCUCCCAGUUGGCUGGAAGAGUUGAAAAGCAAUUCCAUACUCUACCUGUGCUGCAGAUCAAGCUCUGCCUCUCAUUAGCUUCCCUUCUCCUUCUGUGUCCUAGAUCUGGCUGCUCUGUGGCCGUGUGUGUGCAGGGAAGUGCUCUGUUGGGUACAUUUUUUUGUCAAUAAAGUGCACAUUCUGCACAGGUGGCCUGGUUCAGGAUUAAUCUAGUUGUCAACCAGGCCCUACUUGUCACCCAAGCUGUGUUUGAGAUGCUGGGAGGGAUUCACUUGCUUUUAGGCUCAUAAUGAAGGAAAUGUGCCACAGCAAGCAGUGUGAGAGGUGCAUCUUUAUGGCUUGUGCUGAGCAGAGCUGGUGGCUGCAUGGAGUCUGGGUUGCUGAAACUUUCCUGUGUGUUUUUUCUGCAAGGGAGACUUCCCUCUUUUUCUUUGUGUUUUAGCCCAUAAUUUGAGUAUCUUUAAGGCAGGGGAGAAAUUCCUCACCAUGACUGGUCUAGGAUAGAGCCAAUGGAAGAAAGGUGUGUACAAUUUGCCAGAAAUAAAUGGAAUGUUUUAAUGGGC